AGAAAAUAGGCGAAUAUGAUUGGUGCAGAAACCGGAAGUCAUCUGAAAGAUGCGUUCGUUAUCCUUGUCGGUGUGCUCGGUUUUAAAGGUAGGUGGACAGGUGUGAAUAUGUAUGGAGCUCCAGUGGAUUUGUCUUUUAAGCAAAUCAGCAGUUUGGCAGGUGCAUGGACAGAGGAGCCACGCACCAGUCUGCGGCCUUUGAAGAGAAAUUCAGAGAUGAAAUACCAAAGUCGCUCCCUGCGUCUCAGUAACAACAACAUCACUGAGCUUCAUGACCUCCUGAAGCCUGUUAGACACUUCCUUGCUGAGCCAUCUCUGCUUGCCUGGCUGGAUCUCUCCUUCAACAAAAUCUCACACAUAGAUCAAGUUUUGUGCGAGCUGCGUGAGCUGCGUGUGUUGUAUCUUCACGGCAACAGCAUUUUUAUUCUAUCAGAGGUGGACAGGCUGGGAGUGCUGCCCCAUCUGCACACCGUCACUCUGCAUGGGAAUGUCAUAGAAACCAACAACGCUUACAGGAGUCGCGUGAUAUCUGCUCUACCUCAGUUAAAGACAAUGGAUUUCAGCGCUGUGACAAGCCAAGAGCGAGUCAUGGCGAAGAUUUGGCAUCACAGCAACAACCGCGGUAGAAGCAGCAAGAAGACUCCCCAGUGACUAGUGUUGGUUCAUCUUCAUGGUUGUGUGUCGAGAUCAGGGUUUCACCCAAGUGUUUUAUGCUUCACAUCCUCAAAAAUAUGAAUGCAUUGUAUGUUUGUCUGUAUAUAUAUGGUGAAGUCAGCAUUGCUUUUAAUGCUUGUGUUUUAUUACGAACUGCUUAAAUAAACGGUUUAUUAUUGGAUAGUCUGAAAACAAAGUCAUCAAAAAUGGUUGUUCUUUUUCAAUAACACUGCAGCCAAUGUGUACACCGUAUUGGAAUUUCAAGAUUUACUUAAUAAGUCACAAGUGCUUAUGUUGAAAAUUUUUAAUGAAUUAAUUAAACCAAAAAACAAACAAAAAAGAAAAAAACAAAAUCUUAAAACUUUUUGGUACUAGCCUAAGAUAUUACAAACAUAUUUCAGGUAGUAUAACACAGUUGAGUAACAAACAAAAAACAGAAAAAAAAAAAAAAAUGCCAAGAACCCAUUGCGAAAAAGCUCAAAUCAAAAGCGUGGUUGAAAUAAUCACAGCCAGGUAGCAGAUCAUCCCUUUAGAGACUCAAGAGCGGCUCACCGUGCUCCCUGCCCACGCAUACAGUCGCAUGCUCUCCUCCGAAGAGCAAAUAUACAUUUAAAAAACACAAAUAAAUAAUCAAAAAAAAAAAAAAA